CCUCUUUCCCUCCCUCCUUCCCUCCCUCCCUCUCUCUCUCCGCCCGCCGUGAGGGCGGGAGGGAAGCGGCAGCCCCGAGCGGGAGGCGAGGGAGGCGGCGCGCCGGGAGCCAUGCGGGAGUACAAGGUGGUGGUGCUGGGCUCGGGCGGCGUGGGCAAGUCCGCCCUCACCGUCCAGUUCGUGACGGGCUCCUUCAUCGAGAAGUAUGACCCCACCAUCGAGGACUUCUACCGCAAGGAGAUCGAGGUGGACUCCUCGCCGUCGGUGCUGGAGAUCCUGGACACGGCGGGCACCGAGCAGUUCGCCUCCAUGCGGGACCUCUACAUCAAGAACGGGCAGGGCUUCAUCCUGGUCUACAGCCUGGUGAACCAGCAGAGCUUCCAGGACAUCAAGCCCAUGCGGGACCAGAUCAUCCGGGUGAAGAGGUACGAAAGGGUGCCCAUGAUCCUGGUGGGCAACAAGGUGGACCUGGAGGGCGAGCGGGAGGUCUCCUUCGGGGAGGGCAAAGCCCUGGCCGAGGAGUGGAGCUGCCCCUUCAUGGAGACCUCGGCCAAAAACAAAGCCUCGGUGGACGAGCUCUUCGCGGAGAUCGUCAGGCAGAUGAACUACGCCUCGCAGCCCAACGGGGACGAGCAGUGCUGCUCCUCCUGCGCCAUCCUCUGAGGGCGGCGGCGGGCCGGGGCUGUCUGCGGGGACACGGCGGUGGCGGCCGGCGGCAGAGGCGGCGGGAGCGACUCCGCGCCCCGGCCGGCGCAAGCCGCGGGGCGGGCGCGCUGCCCCCGGCAGCCGCCGAAAACAAACACACACACACACACACAGAGCAGAAAGAAAAAAAAAAAAAAAAAAAAAGAAAAAUCGAAAAAAAAAAAAAAUCGUGUUGGAAAUGUGGCUUUUUUCGGCAUGUACGUUUCGUCCAGUCUUGGUCGUUGCAUAGUUCCUGUCAGUGUCUGCCGCGGGCUGCCGCCCUGCGCCGGCAGCGGGCACGGGGGAGGAAGGCUUCGGCGAGGAGCGGUCCCUGCCCGCCUGGAAGAGCGGGGCGCAGGCGGGAACACCCCCACACCCCCCCCCGCCCCGCCGGGACAGGCGUGAGGAGAAGCCGCGGCCCCGGUGCGCAGCCCUCCCCCCGCGGCCACGCGUGGAGCGCCCCGCCGCCCGCCCCCAGGAUCUCUAUGCAAAGUUGGGUGGUUGUGCCGGGGCGUCCAGCCUGGAGAAUUGCACAUCUGAACUGGGACUUUUAACUUAAAACACUGAUGCCAAUACGGUGUGGGGUGCCAGAAAGUGUCUGCUGAUGAAUAUCCGUGAAAUAAUUUUCUAUUUCGUUUACCUGCUGUAUCGGAUGGGAGUUUGCAGGAGAGUGGUAGCGUGUUGGGUUUUUCCUGUUUUUUGUUUGUUUUUUUUUUUAAAUCAGCUGUGAAAAUGUUACAAAUCUGCACAAUU